AUGGUCUUUCUGGGGGAGGGUUGCCUGGCCAAUGAACUGCUGUCCAACACAAAGGGUCAGGGCAUGGGCUUCGGCUGGACAGCGUUCGGUUUCGGCUUUGCUUUCUUUGUGAGCCUGGCAAUCUGGAAUGGUGUCAGCGCUCACAUGAACCCUGCCUUUGUGCUGGGGCUGUGGCUCAUCGGUGAAGUCGACGCCGCGGACUUCUUUGCACUGUCAGCUGCGGAGCUAGGCGGGGCGAUGGUUGGCGCACUCCUUGUCUGGAUCCACUACCUGCCGCACUUCAAGACUUUGCCUGAACCUCCAGGACACGGCACCCACGACUCCCUCCUCAGGAGCAGAGACAGCCUCCCACGCGAUGCUCUCAAUAUCUCCUCAUAUGAUACACGGCCGCACGCAGCAGCCAGCAAGGGCAUUGCGGAUGCUCUGAAGGACAUCAGGUACUAUCUCUUGCAGCCGGCAAAGGUGCAUGAGCCGUACCAUGCGUCGCUCAUAGAGCACGCGCUCGGACACGACGCCUUCACCGGACCAGAAGGCUUCCUCAGGCGCCGAUCUGUCCAGGUGUGCGACAUGCACGAUCGCCUGAAAGCCUACGAUCUGGGGGGCGGGGAAACGACUGCGGCGGCCGCUCACAUACCCCACUUGACGAGAUCAGCGAGUGCGGUUUCACCGGACAGCACUUCCAUAACACUGGACAUGCAGAAUGGGGCUGCCACCUCCAAAACAGAUGUUGAGAAGGUCAGCGCGCAGGAUGACCAGAGGCUCCGACUGGAUGCGCUGUACAGAGCGGUGGUGAUCGCAGAUCAGAAUGCGAAACUGUCGGUGUUUGCCACCCGGCCCGGCAUCCGCUCGCCCUUCUUCAACUGGAUCGUGGAGUUUCUGGCGAUGGCGGUACUGUUUGUUGGGGCAAAGCUGAUUGAUGGGCGCGGUGCAGCGCUGACUGGGGAGCUGGCUGCUCUGUGGGGGCCCAUGAAAGCAUUCUACGUUGGGCUGUUCAUUGUGGUGCUACUCCUCGGCACUGCUGGGCCCACAGGGAAUGCUAUCAAUCCGGCCAGGGACUUUGGGCCGCGGCUGAUGCACUGGGUGCUGCCGAUCGCUGGCAAGGGCCCCUCCGAGUGGGGUUACGCGUGGGUGCCGGUAACUGCAAAUUUUGUGGGCGGCCUCGUGGGCGGAGCGCUGUAUAAGAAGAUCAAUGAGAUCUACAUCGUGGCCCCGGUGCACUAA